AUGCCACCUCCUGUCGGCAGAUACGGGCCUACUGGCCUGAGCGCUCCCUAUACACACUUGCAACAGGCCCACCUGCAGCAGCAGCAACCCCAACAUCAUCCGGCCCAUGCCCAGUCCGCCAAUACAGCCCUCCCGCCUCCCUCCCUCGGUGGCCAUCCAGGCUUCGCGGCCGGCAACCCGAACACCAACAUCAACCCGUUCACGCUAUCUGGAACCGGAAUCGCCAGCGGCAUGUCGGUCGGUGGGUUUGGCGCCGACGGCGGCGGCACCGGGCUGGCCAGCCAUGCGGCGCAGAUGGGCUUCGCGAGAGGGGCACAGAUGCAGCAGCAGCAAUUACAUCAGGCCCACGAUGGUCGGUUGGCACUCGAGACGAAAGGAGGUGGGGUCAAGACGCGGAUACGUGACGUAUGGAAACACAACCUGGCCCAGGAAAUGGCGAUAUUAAGACAAUUGGUGGAGAAGUACCCUUAUAUCAGCAUGGACACCGAGUUCCCCGGUAUUGUUGCACGCCCUAUCGGUGCGUUUACGAACAAAGCCGACUACCACUACCAGACCCUCCGGUGUAACGUCGAUCUCUUGAAGAUGAUCCAGCUCGGGAUCACCCUGUUCUCGCCCGAAGGAGAAGUUCCGCCACCCAACGCGACCGAUGCAAAUGGCCAGCCCAUGGGAAAUAGCCUCGUGCCGGCGCCUUGCACCUGGCAGUUCAACUUCCGCUUCUCGUUGGAAGAGGACAUGUAUGCACAGGAGUCGACGGCGAUGCUUGCGAAGGCGGGCAUUGAUUUCGCGAUGCAUGAUAAGAACGGAAUUGAUCCCCAUGACUUCGGUGCGCUCUUGAUCAGCUCUGGUCUCGUCCUGCUGGAUGAGGUCCACUGGGUUUCGUUCCACUCCGGAUACGACUUUGGCUACUUGAUGAAGAUCAUGCUUUGCGCAUCACUCCCCGAGAAUGAGGAGGAAUUCCACAAGCUCCUCAACACCUUCUUCCCGUCGUUGUAUGAUAUCAAAUACUUGAUGAAACAUGCGGGCCGCAAUCAAGCAGUCAAUGACUCCCCACUGACUGCCGCAGCUGUCCAGAUAUUGGCUAACCUGGGUCAAAAAUCGGGGCUCCAAGACAUCGCUGAUGAGCUCGGUGUCAAGCGUGUUGGCAUUGCUCACCAGGCCGGUUCGGAUUCCCUCGUCACCGGAGAGAUCUACUGGAAGAUGCGACAGCUUGUCUUCAAUGGCACCAUCGACGAGUCCAAGUACUCCGGCCAGAUUUGGGGAUUGAACGGUCAAAUGCCAUUGAUGCAGUAUUCCAUGCAGCCUCAUCAGACCCCCAAUCUCAACGGGGCCACCAUCUAUUCGUCCACGGGCACCCCAAGCACACCCAAUGCCGCUCAAUCGGUGGGCAACCAAACGCCCCAGCACCACGGCCUCGGCACUCUAACUCCAGGGGCUGUCGGCGGAGUACUCGGACAAUUCGCCAUCGGGAAGUCAUGA